UCAGAUGUAGUACUGAAACGCCACCUGCCGAUCAAAUUGUGUUCACCCUGAAAACGCUUUAACACGUACACUUUCUGAUCCACUUCGCUGAUUGUUCUCAUUGACAUACAGCAGUAAACAGAUCAACAUGAGUGAAAAACACGUUAAAAACAACUCCAAAAUGCAUUCGAGAAAGAAGUCAUUCAGAGAACGAAAAACAAUAGAACAAAGAAUCGAAGAAUCGAAGAGUAUAAAAUCAAGAUAUAUUGACAAAAUACCAGUAAUCAUUGAACGAGGUCCUAGAGAAAAACACCUCCCUUUCUUGGACAAGACCAAAUUCCUGAUUCCGAUGGACCUGACUAUGUCACAGCUGAUGGGAGUAAUUAGGUAA